AUGCUCAAACAAAUCCCCUCGUACAUGAAGAGUAUACUAAAACAAGAUAUCAAAAGCAAUGCACUCAUGUCGGCGCUACCGUAUCUCGUUAAUAUGUUCUUAACUUUCGUUUUCUGCGGCCUAAAUGACUUCCUUAUCAAACACAAUUACAUAAACAUACGCACAAGUCGUAAACUUUUCAAUACCAUCGGUUUCUGGGAACCGGUAUUGCCACUCAUAUUCCUGGGUUAUCUGCGCGAAGACCAAAGUAAUUUGGCCGUUGGCUCACUUGUCAUAUUGAUCGGUGUAAAUUCGGCUGCUUAUUUGGGCUUCUUGACCAAUCACAUUGAUUUGUCGCCAAACUUUGCUGGCAUACUAAUGGGUGUGGCUAAUUGUGUGGCGAACUACAUGGGCGUGGUAGCACCCUUACUGGUGGGCUUCAUCGUCACGGAUUCGAAAAACGCUAAUCAAUGGCCUUAUAUUCAGUAUAACCGCUGCCUUUUACUUUGUGGAGAAAGCAGUAUACUAAGCCAAGUAUUACGUAUUUAUUAUAUAUUUCUAGUAUAAUAUUUUGCGAAAUAUUUGCUG